AUGUUGACUCGCAUUUUUCUUGCCUUGGGCGGAGUCUCCGCAGUUUGUGCUCAAGCCACUGUUGGCUCUCCUUUCUUAGCCCAGUGGCUUAUCCUGAGCGACUACUCCGUUUCUACUGUUGGAGGCGAUGACACCCAUACCACAUACAAUGUGAAGUGUGAUAGCAAGGCUACGCUUUGCUCGCUUCCCGCUACCGGUGUGGCCGUUGUCACUGCCCCUUCAUCUGUUGGGCUAUCAUAUACUGAACCUUCGGAGACAUUUACCUCCUCAGUCGGAUGCACUUAUAUCGACGCUGGAGCUUCGGCAGUUUGUGUUACUCUACAAGCUGCUCCUGGCGUGGUUGUGCAGAGUGGCUCUUUCGUCACAAGCUUGAGUACUGUUACGUCGACGGUCACCCUGCCCGCCGCUUCUGUUAAACUGGGCUUCAAUACGGCUGCUACCGCCGCUGCGGCUGGUACAACAACUUCCGUUGCCAGCAAGACCGCGCUGGUUUCAUCCGCAGCAGAAACGGUUUCUAACAGCGAGACCGCCACAGAGACUGGCGCUGCGACGAGCGCAACGAAGACUGGAGGUGCAAGUGAAGCAUUUGGGGGUGUUAAGUCUGGCCUGGGUGUGGGCGCAGCAAUGGCUGUCUUCGCAUUGCUAUGA